ACUUGCAUGUUGCAGGUCUCUUGCAGAAGAAAGCUUUCGCGUGCCCCUCCUAAACCGCUCACAGGGUUUAUUUGUGUUAAAGUGUUUGAUGUUGAAGCUUGUGUUACAAUGUUGCGCUCUGCAGUGUGUAUCCCCGAUUUGGUCCAGGAGCAGUGUUGUGUAAAAGAGGAAGGUGAAGAUGAUGGUGAUAUCUCUGAGUGCAGGGUGAAAGCCGAGGUGUCUGAAACCAGCAUAGAUACAAGAAACCAAGCGCUGAAAGAGGAAGACGAAGAGCAAAAGGUGUCCAAGGGAACGGCAGAAAUCACUGAGUAUAAUGAAGAAACCAAUAAUCGUGGUUUUCACAGGGUCCUGGUUUUAACUGAGGAAUGCGGCCAAGAGAAAACCAGCACCAGUAACCCGUACCAGUGCCCUGAGUGUGAGAAGACUUUUGCUAAAAUGCGGUUUCUAAAGACCCACUUAAGAGUACAUACGGGAGAGAAGCCUUACUUGUGCUUGCAAUGCGGGACGAGGUUUUCUCACCUCGCCUCGUUAACACGUCACAGGAGGACGCACACGGGAGAGAAGCCGUAUCAGUGCUUUCAGUGCGGGAAGAGGUUCGCUCUUUCCGGCUCGUUGAAACUGCACGAGCGAAUCCAUACGGGAGAGAAGCCGUACCAGUGCCUUCUGUGCGAGAAAUGCUUUUCUAGCCGUGCCUUUUUAAAAAAACACCAGCGCAUGCAUACUGGAGAGAAGCCUUUCUGCUGCCUGGAGUGUGGGAAAAGGUUUUCACAUCCGAGCUCCCUGAAAGAUCACGAAGGCUCCCACACCGGAGGGAAGCCUUACGUGUGUUCUGAAUGCGGGAGGCAGUUUUCCCACCCGAGUUCGCUCAAAGUUCACGAGAGGAUACACAGUGGCGAGAAGCCUUACCACUGUACGCAAUGCGGGAAAAAUUUUUCCCAUCUUACGUCGCUGAAAAUUCACGUGCGUGGACAUACUGGAGAGAGGCCGUACCAGUGCUCCCAGUGUGGAAAGGGUUUCUCUCAUGCGGGCUUGUUAAGGGGUCACGAGAGGAUACAUACUGGGGAGAAGCCGUACCACUGUACGCAGUGUGGGAAGAAUUUUACUCAGUCGAGUGGGUUGAAGGUUCACCAGAGGAUACACACUGGAGAGAAACCUUACCGGUGUUCAGAAUGCGACAACUGUUUUUCUCGUCCAGGCUCUUUAAAGAUUCAUCAGAGGAAGCAUACUGGAGAGAGGCCUUAUCAGUGUGAGCAGUGCGGCAAAAGCUUUUAUAGAUCGUGGGACUUAAAAACCCACCUAAGAGUACAUACAGGAGAGAAGCCUUACUUGUGCUUGCAAUGCGGGAGGAGGUUUUCUCACCUCGCCUCGUUAACAGGUCACAGGAGAACGCACACGGGAGAGAAGCCGUAUCAGUGCUUUCAGUGCGGGAAGAGGUUCGCUCUUUCAGGCUCGUUGAAACUGCACGAGCGAAUCCAUACGGGAGAGAAGCCGUACCAGUGCCUUCAGUGCGAGAAAUGCUUUUCUAGACGUGCCUUUUUAAAAAAACACCAGCGCAUGCAUACUGGAGAGAAGCCUUUCUGCUGCCUGGAGUGUGGGAAAAGGUUUUCACAUCCGAGCUCCCUAAAAGAUCACGAAGGCUCCCACACCGGAGGGAAGCCUUACGUGUGUUCUGAAUGCGGGAGGCAGUUUUCCCACCCGAGUUCGCUCAAAGUUCACGAGAGGAUACACAGUGGCGAGAAGCCUUACCACUGUACGCGAUGCGGGAAGAAUUUUUCCCAUCUUACGUCGCUGAAAAUUCACGUGCGUGGACAUACUGGAGAGAGGCCGUACCAGUGCUCCCAGUGUGGAAAGGGUUUCUCUCAUGCGGGCUUGUUAAAGGGUCACGAGAGGAUACAUACUGGGGAGAAGCCGUACCAUUGUACGCAGUGUGGGAAGAAUUUUACUCAGUCGAGUGGGUUGAAGGUUCACCAGAGGAUACACACUGGAGAGAAACCUUACCGGUGUUCAGAAUGCGACAACUGUUUUUCUCAUCCAGGGUCUUUAAAGAUUCAUCAGAGGAAGCAUACUGGAGAAAGGCCUUAUCAGUGUGAGCAGUGCGGCAAAAGCUUUUAUAGAUCGUGGUACUUAAAAGUACACCAGAGGAUCCAUACCGAGUAGAAGGACAUUAGUUCGAGCUGAUUUUUUUUGUAUGUCUUCUUAUUUUCUCAGCGACUGCCGUGAAGAAAGGUUUUAUCAUUUUGAGCUUGGACAUUAUUAAUAUUUGUAAAUGACUGUUAGAUAUAAUAUGUGAGAAUCAUAACUGCACUGUGGCGUAAUGGAUUCAAACCUCUAAAAGUCUGCACACUGUUCGAAGCUGGUUUAGUUGGAUACAGUAAGGGAUCUAUUACUCAUUUAGCAGGAAAAAGGAUAAACAUGUUAUACAUGAGUUACAGUUACAUUUCAAUAAAGUUUGAAUAUCUGAUUUUAAUUCGGAAAUAUGUGCAGAAAUGUACAGUGCCCCCUAGAAAGUAUUCACCCCCUCUUUACACUGAUUCACCUACAAGUCUUUACACUGAGAGGCAAUGGAAUUAUCCAGAGGAAACGCACAGACCAUGCAGAGAACAUGCAAACUGCCUGCACACAACCCCUAUAAAAAUAAAUAAAUAAAAUAACUGCUUAGUAAGUAAUAGAGAAAAGAGAGGCAAAUAAUAAUUUGGUUUAAUACUUUCUACAGAAACCAUUCUGUUUUUGUUAUAUUCAAGUUAAACCCUGACUUGUUAUUAAAUU